AUGGCAGAAGUGGCGGAGUUUGUCGCUCAAAAAAGAGUUAGACUGCAAGCUGAAGCAAGCAGUCUUCGGCUUGUGGAAAACAUGCUUCAGGAGGGUUUAAGCGUGGAACAAAUCGAAGGCAGGCUUGCGAACACGAAAGCUGAUGAGGAAAUUCCAGGUCAUGUCGAGGGAUCUUCAAGUCUGCAACCUCGAGGAAGACUCGAUGUAACACCUCAAAAACUUGUCCAGAGACCUCCUUUGGCGCAAGACCAAGGUCAACGUAGGAUAGCCAGCAUAGGAAUUUUCAAUCCCAUUUUCGGGGAUCUAGCAAAUGUCCCAGCUCUUGAGAUUCCCAUGUCCCAACGAACAGCUACUACAGGACUGGCUGAUGAACCCUCUGGCAGUAUCACUGACAUUGGCGAGGCAUAUGCACGCCUGAGACUACUGCAAGAGUCUCUUAGCCAUUACAACAACCCAAAUUGGUGGAACAAGCGCAAUCAGUUUCUGCGUAGUGGUGAGGACGUGAUAGUUGAGCCGAUGCAAACCCGCUCCCCUAAGACAUUAGCCACCGUAAUUGGUCGCCAGUGGGAGGAGUACAAGAACGGAAUGAGCACAAUACUCAGACACUUCCUCGUACAGCUUCGAAGUAUUGCAUUUCAGCUCCACAGAGCGCUGGAAGACGACAUCCGAAGCACAGACGACCCUGCCCAUCAAAUCCUUCAAGGAGCACGACCAAUGUAUGCGCAACUCGUUCAAUCGCCUGAGACGUCACGCUGGGUAGUCGAAGACUGUGGAAAAGCUGCUAAUGCAUUACACGCAACUGCACAAACACGUUCUGGAGAGCAUAAAGACCUGUGGCUUCAAUUCAAGAGCGCGGGUAUAGAUAUGCUGCCGCCGGCCUUGCGCCCACCAGAAAAUGUUCUCAAGCUACUCUACAUCCCGUUGCCACGAUUGACGACUCCGGCACCUGGCUUCCCAGACCUCGAGCGACAGCAUCCCUGGGGCAAAUAUGGGGAUGAUAAUGCGCCCGCGCAUGAUUUCGACAAGCGGAACUCUUCCCCCACGGAACCGAAAUCCGGCGGUAUGCCAGACGAGGCAGAGGAAGACGCAUAUUCCUAUUCCUCGUCCUCCGCAAACUUCGAGCCAGAUGUUCGGCCAAGGCGAUUCGAAUUCGAUUCUGCACGACCUCGGGAAGGUACGUCUAUGUUGAUUCGGAUGAUGAAGAGUACAGCAUCGAGUUUCGACGAACCUACGGAGCUCAAUGCAAGCGAUGUCAGAGAUUGGGUCAUACUACCCGGCAACAUCAGCGUUGGGACCGGAUUGCACCGGUGGGCUCAUUGUAGCUGCGGAUGUUGA